AUGCGUGGCAUGCAGUUCAUUAAUUAUAUAGAAAUGAAUGGAUUGAUUCUUAUCUGCAGUUGCAUCGCAGCACUCGCAGCUAUCUCGGAUAUGCCUCAUGAAACAUCUUCUUGUUUUUUCUCGAGACCACCGUUUUGUGUAGUGGGACCUUUUAUUAGAAAUUACUCUGUUAUGGAGCCUGGCGCUACUCGAAAAUCUGAAGAGAAACCUGCUUCUACAACUGCUUCUAGCGGAAGUUUACCUGAAACGAAGAAAAAGGAGAACUGUCAUUGUGAUAGAAAAUUCCACUUCGACAAAUUGAAUGAGGAGUUUUGCAGUGCUGGAUUUAUUGCCAACUUAUAUGUUCUCUCUAUGGAAGAAGUGACGUAUAAUUAUUGGAAUAUGUCUGCUAUAGGAGGUGAUGGAGCUUCUGUGAAAGAGCUCAAAUAUCACGUUCAAUUCAUACGCCCAUUCAGAAAACAAAUAGAAGGAUCGCUUCCUAGCUACAUUCUCAGCACAGCAGACGAUCCAUGUACACUUAAACUCGAAACACAUAGAUCUUAUUUUAUUGGAGGCUUCAUCAGCAAUAAAGGAGAUUACCUUCGUGCUAUUUCAUGCGGAUUAGUGUGGAACCGUGGGGAAGCAAAAAAAUACCUCAGAAGCGAAGGAUACAAAUACUCUUUGAAAAAUAGAAAUGAAAGCUGUGUUAAGCCGGAACAUGAAAUUAAGCUUCAAGUGUUCCCUCUUCGGCAGAAAACACCAACAAUACUUUGA